AUGAGCGUCCCGGAGAAGAUACCUCCACAACAGGAAGUGUCUGUGACUCCAGAUAUCGAGAAUCAAGCACCACUCGCACAAACGGUCACGGAACCAUACUGCGUCUAUAGAAAAGGGGCAAAAUGGUUCCUCGUAGGCAUCAGCGCCGUGGCGGGCUUCUUCAGCCCAUUCCCAGCAAACAUCUAUUUUCCAGCUAUACCCACCUUGGCCCGGGUUUUCGAUGUAUCGACUGACUCGAUUAACCUUACUGUCACUAUAUACCUGGCUAUGCAAGGAAUCUCACCGAUGCUCUGGGGACCAUUAUCCGAUCGCGUUGGCCGCAGACCAGUCUUUGUGGUUUGCUUCAUCAUUCUAGUGGCAUCCUGUAUAGGUUUAGCCUUGACCCCUGUCGAUGCUUUCUGGCUGCUCUUGCUGCUGAGAGCCGUGCAAGCUGGAGGAUGUGCCAGUACAAUAGCAUUGGGUUCGGGAGUUAUUGGCGAUAUCUCAUCGCCUGAAGAGAGGGGUGGGUUCUUCGGAAUAUUUAAUCUAGGACCGAUGCUGUCACCAUGUAUCGCACCUAUCCUUGGUGGUGUUUUGUCCGAAAGACUAGGAUGGCGAUCUAUCUUCUGGUUCCUUUCUAUUGCGGCCGUUGUGUGUAUACUGUUUAUACUCCUUUUCUUGCCUGAGACUCUGAGAACACUGGUGGGAAAUGGGAGUAUAGAACCGCCCAACAUGCUGUAUCGACCCUGGCUACCUAUCAUUCGUCCUAGCAAUGGUCAGUACAAAAAGAAGCCGAUCGACAGACCUCGCCGAACGUCAACAAAUCCUUUGAAGCUUCUGAAACUUCCACACAUUGUUGUGGCACUGUUCUACACCGGAGUGGUGUAUGCGGUAAAUUAUACCAUCACGGCCACCAUCUCGUCUUCUUUUGCAGACAUCUAUCCCUACCUUUCUGAGACUGCACUUGGCCUGUGCUAUCUUUCCACCGGAGGAGGUAUGAUCCUCGGCUCCACCCUGACCGGCAAGAUGCUUGAUCGCGAGUAUCGCAGGGCGAAACAGCAGUGGGCAGCAGAGGCAGACGCGGAGAACGGCCUGUUUCCCAUUGAAAGGGCUCGACUGCGCACGAUGCCACUGUUGCUUGCUAUUUUCUUGGGCUGCGUUUUUGGUUGGGGAUGGUGCCUGACAAGCAAGGUCUCAAUUGCUGUUCCCUUGAUUCUUCAAUUCAUCUUGGGAUAUACCUCGAUUUCUAUCCUAAACGCGACCAUGACCUUGAUGAUUGACGUUGCUCCAGGCCAGAGUUCAGGAGUCAUCGCAUGCACAAACCUCAUGCGAUGCUCAUUAGCAGCACUCCUUGUUUCGGUGAUCGACUACGCGACCAACGCUCUCGGAUAUGGAUGGACGUAUGUGCUUCUCGGAGGUAUCUCGAUCCUCUUGUGGCCAUUGAUGCAUAUCGAGAUGAAGUAUGGACCAGGAUGGAGAGCCAAGCAGAAAGCCACGGCCUGA